AUGAUCAGAUUUGUUUCUGUAUAAAUAAAACCCUAUCAAAAUUAAAACAACCUUGAUAUUCUUGUUGAUAACAAUGUUUACUAAUAAUAUUUUAAUGUUGGUCAAAACUUAGUAAUAGAAGCAGAAUUCAGAAAUACAAUAAUAUAAGAAAUCAAUUUACGUAUAUUAUUAUAAUAUAAAUGAAGAUAUAUUUCCUGAUCCUGAGAAGGAAAUCUUAUUCAAAUGUUACAAUUUAAAUGAAUUAGAUUAAGAAUAUAAGAGAAUUAGUGGAAAAUUAAUUAAAAUAAGAAAUGAAGGAAAUUAUAUUAUUUAUGCUGCAUUAAUUAAAUCAGAAGUGGUAAUUAUUAUAAAUCAUCAUAGCCAUUUACUAGAAUGACUAUAACAAUAUAAGCAGAGAAUAAAGAUUCUUUUAAAAUAUACUAUUUUGGUGUAAAAGGAAAGAACAUAGAAGAAGAAUUAGAUUAAUAAGAAAAUAAAGAAUAAAUGGAAAAAAAAACACUUAAAAUGAUAUUGAAACCAGGAAGGAAGAUAGAGAAUUUAAAUACUAAAAUGUUAGAUAAUACAAAAAUGACUGCUUUGGAAUUCUUUAAUCGUGUUAAUAGUGUAAAAUAAAUAAAAAAUGUGGAAUAAUAAUCUAACUUUUAGAAUAAUAAGAUGAAAAUUGAAGAAUCUUAAUAAAAUGAAAGUUUUAUUGUAAAAAUGUAGGAGGAAGUAAAAGUUAAAGAAGAUCUUGAAGAUUAAUAAUAUAUUAUUUUAUAAGAUGAUGAUGAAAACUCCGUUGAAUUGAUAGAUGAGAAAAUAAAAAUAUAAUAAAUAGAAAAGAAUUAUUUUAAUAAAUAGAAGUGUAUCUUAACAAAUAUUAAACCAAAUUUUAAUAAUUAAGUGAAGAUAAAUUCUUAAAAUAGAUAAAUUAUAAACAAAGAUAGUAAGAUAGAGUAUAAUGUAUUUCAUAAUAUGAUUAAAUAUACAGCAUAAGAAAUUGAUUAAUAAUUUCUUCAAUUUCAUAAGACAAGUAAAUAUAUUAAUAAAUAUUUAAUUAGUUGAGGAAAGUAAGAAUGUUAAUGGAAAAAAUAGAUUAAUACACAGAUUAAAUACAUUAUAAUACUGA